UCUGCUUCAGAGAGAGAGCGUGGGAGCGGCGCAGGAGAACCAUGCCACGGAGGUUUCGCGAAGGAACCCCGAGCUGCAGCGAUCAUCAUGAUGGAUCUCGAUGAGCGCGUCCCCGUCGGGUCCAGUAUGUAUUUACCCAGCUGCACGUACUACGUGUCGGGGUCUGACUUCUCGAGUCUCCCUCCGUUUUUGUCCCAGAACCCGUCGUCUCGAGCCGUGACGUACUCGUACUCCUCGAACCUGCCGCAGGUUCAGUCCGUGCGGGAGGUAUCCUUCCGGGACUACAUCGAGACCCCCAGCAAAUGGCACCACCGAGGAAAUCUGUCGCAUUGCUACCCCACGGAGGAGAUGGUCCACAGAGACUGCGUGGAGGAGAUGUUCGUGAAAAACCACUCGGCCGUGUACCACUCGAGCUCCAGCUCCGCGCCCAGCUUCUACAGCAGCGUGGGCAGGAACGGGGUGCUGCCGCAGGCUUUCGAUCAGUUCUUCGAGAGCGCGUACGGGAACGCGGAGCACCGGACAGCAGAGAGCUCUGUGGACAGGAACCCCACAAGAAGAGCAGGUAUCCCGGGCUCCGGGUCCGACACGUGCAGGGAGACCAGCGGGAGAGAUCGGAGGGAGGAGAGCAGCAGCCCGGGCUCCUCUUCCGGCAACAGUGAGGAGAAACCCAACAGCAGUGGUCAAAAGACUCGCAAGAAGAGGUGUCCUUACACAAAAUACCAAAUCAGGGAACUGGAGAGGGAGUUCUUCUUCAGCGUGUACAUCAACAAGGAGAAACGUUUGCAGCUCUCCAGAAUGCUUAAUCUCAGCGAUCGUCAGGUGAAAAUCUGGUUUCAAAACAGGAGGAUGAAGGAGAAGAAACUCAACAGGGAUCGUUUACAGUUUUACUCCAGUAAUCCUUUGUAAUCGCGAGUCGAGCUCACUUGGACUUGUCUUCUACUCAGCGUUCAAACACAGUGGUGCAAGGGUUAAUUUCAAGUUCGAGGAUCCACAUUAAUUUUCUCAGAGACUUUUUAAAAACUGUGUCGAGGUGGACUUUGGCUUUUAAUGGAGUAAAAAAAAAAACAACUGGAUUUUUCCCCCCCCCAGCCAUAAAUCCUCUCUUUUCCGAGCUUCUUUACGCAGAAGUCAUUGAAGUUUAAUUUAAUUUUAAACUCCCCCGAGCUGACAGCUGAGUUAGAGAUGAUUAUUUUGUAAUGGAAGGACGUGACUUUUGAGUUGUAUUUAUUUUCACCCAUGCCCAGACUAUAUGAUAUAUAUGUUAACAGUCUUGUACAUGUCAUUCGUGGUGGGUGUAGAUUUUGGUAUGACCAAAAUAGAAUAUCCUAAAUAUCGUGAUAAAUAUCUUCAUCUCCCCAACCAUAUUUAUGCAUUAAUCACUACUUUAAAAAUGUCGAACUUGUAUCAUUUAAAACUAUUAAGUAAAACUUAA